AUGAAACUCCGUCUCCUCACCUGGGAUGUGAAAGACACGUUACUUCGCUUACGCCUUCCUGUUGGACAGCAAUAUCAGGCAGAGGCCAAGAGGAGAGGGCUUCAGGUAGAUCCAUCUGUGCUGGAGGCUUCUUUUCGACAGGUUUAUCGAAGUCAUUGGCGUCUCUUCCCCAACUAUGGCCUGUCUCAGGGCAUGACUUCCCACCAGUGGUGGCUGGAUGUGGUCUCUCAGACCUUUCAUCUCUCUGGUGUCCAGGAUGAGAAGACUACACAGUCCCUGGCAGAAAAACUCUAUCAAGAUUUCUGCACUGACAAGUACUGGGAAGUGUUACCGGGUGCCAGGGAAGCUCUCCAGGGUUGUAGCAACUUAGGCCUCAAGAUGGCAGUCAUCUCCAAUUUUGACCACCGAUUGGAGGACAUCUUGAGGAACUGUGACUUACACAGACAUUUUGAUUUUGUGCUGACUUCUGAGACCGCUGGUUCUGCCAAGCCCGAUUUGGGGAUCUUUCUCAAAGCUUUAAGCCUUGCCAAUGUGUCACCUCAACACUCCGCUCAUAUUGGUGAUGAUUACAAAAAUGACUAUAAAGGGCCUCAGCAAGUGGGCAUGCUCAGCUUUCUGCUCCAACCAGAGAAUGGCCAGCUUAAAGAACAGGUUCCACAGGAUCAUAUUAUACAUUCUCUAGAUCAGCUCGUUCCUAGGAUUCAGAGAUUUAUGAAAUAA